AUUAGGGAACGCGGUUUCGCGGCGCACUGCGUAAUUACGUUCGUAAACGUCUGUGGUUACGUCACGCACGUUCCAUAGAGCAGGAAGUGUGAUGUGGCUUUGAUUCACAACAAAAAUGUCGGCCAUUUUCAACUUCCAGUCACUGUUAACAGUGAUUCUCCUCCUGAUCUGUACCUGUGCCUAUGUCCGAGCGAUGGCUCCCAGUCUGCUAGACAAGAACAAGACCGGGCUUCUAGGAAUUUUCUGGAAGUGUGCUAGAAUAGGUGAGCGGAAGAGCCCCUGGGUGGCCUGCUGCUGUGUCAUCAUGGCUUUCAGUAUAUUGUUUCUACAGUAGCAGUCCAAAGAACACCAGGAAUGGAAACAUUGGGGAAAUGAAGAGACAACGAGGCCUGGACAGUAUGAUCCUAGAAGCACAACAGGACAUCCAGUGGUUGUCACUCAGAUAAUGUAAAAACGGAAAGCCGUCACCACUCAUCGCAGCCACGGGGAGAGAAAAUGGGUCUUGUGUAGGGGCCCGGGGAUGAGCUGAUAGCCCCAGAGUGUGUCAAGAUCCCUUCACGGACUUCCACGUCUGUCCCUGUGUUUGCUUUUGUGGAAUGUUUACUCUAGAUGUAUGUGUGUGGGGGGCCAAUGCUUUCUGUUAUCUGCCAUUCAGUUAAAGGAAAAAAAAGUCACAUUCUGGCAUCAUUGGUGGGAUCAAAUGAAUACAUUGUUUGUCCAAACAUUUCAAACAGGUUUUUUUCCCCUUUUCAGUUUUUCACAAUUGCAUCGACAAGGACCCUCAUAAAUGUUCAUAACUAUUAUGCGAUUCACUUGGAGGUUUAUAUUUGUAAGCUGAGUUAGAACGAGCUGCGAUUUUAAAUAAUCUCAGCACUCUUUGUAACUUCCGCCCUGUUUGUUGUAUCUAGAAAUGGUGAUCAUAUUACACAGCAAACAGAAUGAUAGCAUAGCUAUUGAGGUGGCUAAUUGUCCUACAGAUUUGCCUCAAAGAGCUUCUGAUGUUUUUAAAGUCAGUCAGUUUGCCGCUAUUUAUUAAAGGAGCUUUUUGGAAGUCUGGUUUGAGAAGGCUGGUUUUUGUCUUUUUUUGUGAUGAAACCUGUUUAUAGUGAUAAUGCCACACUGUACGGUGUAGUGUGACUUAAAACUUAAAAAUAUAUUUUUUCUUAGAACAUUAAAGAAAAAAAGAAAAAUCA